AUGCCACCAGGUUACACUCAAAGUUUGCCUUUAUGGACAUCUCUCUAUAGUGUGAAUAAAGCCUUAAAUGACGACGAGCUCUUGUAUCUAUCGGGUGACGAGACUGACUGCGAUUCGGAAAGAGGUAGUGAUACACUCAGUCGUGAAGAUCAACAGCUUUUGUUACACCAUCAACAAGAUCGAGAUGAGAAGAAUGUGGAUCAUUCAGUGGUACUACGCAGUUGUAAACGUCCUACGACUCCAUUAUCAAUCCCUGCACAGACGCAUCAAUACAUUGCAAAAUGUUCUGACCGAUGGAUAUGGGAUGAAGAUGACGAUGAUGAAAGGAAUGCAUGUACAUGUUGCUGUGAUCGAUCAGCUCCAUCAACUUAUCCACAUACUACGACGAGUAACGACUUAAUGUUUGACCUCGAGUUGUAA